UAUAUUGCUAUUGAUGCCGUAGGCAGGUUCGAGAGCCUAGACAUGGCUCUGUGGCGCAUGACCCGUGGAAAGCGCCGAAGAGAUAUGCGUCUGGUUCUAGAUGCCCGCCCAUCCAGGAAAGGGGCCUCCGGGCUCCGACGAGAUGUAUAUAAAGAGAGGUCAAAGAACCUGUCAUACAACACCCGAUUACUACCUUCAACUCGUACUUCUCUUCGCAUCAGACACUAAGUAGACAUGUCGUUCAAGGCCCUCGCCUUGGUGCUUUCCCUGGCCUCGGCUGUAUCAGGACACGGCGCUGUCACCAGCUACACCAUUGGCAGUACUAUCUACCCAGGUUACGAUGGGUUCGCUCCCGCAGCCAGCCCCAAGACUAUUCAGUUCCCAUGGCCCGACUACAAUCCUACCCUGACCGUCACCGACGCCAAGAUGCGGUGCAACGGCGGCACGACGGCGCAGCUUAGCGCCAGUGUUGCCGCGGGCGAGAAUGUCACCGCCGUGUAUAAGCAGUGGACGCACCAGCAAGGGCCCGUCAUGGUGUGGAUGUUCAAGUGCGCGGCCGACUUUGCCUCGUGCGACGGCGACGGCAAGGGGUGGUUCAAGAUCGACCAGAUGGGCCUGUUUGGCACUGCUCUUGACUCCAACGACUGGGGCACGGCCAUAGUUGUCAAGAACCUCGAGUGGUCGUCCGUCGUCCCCAAGAGCCUAGCCCCGGGCAACUACCUCAUACGGCACGAGCUGCUCGCUCUCCACCAGGCCAACACGCCCCAGUUCUACGCCGAGUGUGCUCAGCUCGUCGUGACCGGCAGCGGAACAGCGGCGCCGCCGACCGACUUUCUCUUCUCCAUUCCCGGCUACGCUCCGCAGAGCGACCCCGGCAUCACCAUCGAUAUCUACUCGAGCAAAGCUACAACCUAUACCUGCCCGGGUGGCCCGGUAUGGUCUGGCUUCGCCGCGUAAGGGGUGUAUGCUUGGGAUAGGCCUAGCUACGGCCUUGUAGCCUUGAGGAUUUCGGACGGAUUUAUGCAUAUUUUCAAUAGAACACAAUACCCAUUUACCACUUUACCGUUGCAUGGUAUCUUGAGUUGCAUUAAUCUUGGGGAGACUUCAAGACGCUUCGUCUG